CGUCACUUCCGGCUUGUUCGGAAGGGGCGGGACCAGGACUUCUUUGGCCCCGCCCCAAGAGAGCCAAGUUGGGGCGGGGUCACGGGCCGGAGGAGGAGCCCGGUGGAAGAGUUUCUGGCAGUUCAUUUGACUCCGCGGUUCCGUAUCCUUGCCGACGGCCAGAACCAGCUUCCCGGCCCUGGGCGGAACGGAUCGAGCUUCGUGAGCCCAGAGGCUCCAGGAAAAGGAGGACAGUCUGGUCCUAUUCAAGCCACUCAACUAUGGGAUGGUAUUAUUUACUCCCUUCAGACUCAAGUGGAAAUGAAAAGAAGGAGGCAUCAUUUAUGAACAGAGAAGACUUUUACUGGUUCCUCUGUUGUCGAUGCAGUAUUAAGUCAUCUUAUGCAAAAUAUGUGCCUAAGUAGUGACGACAUCUCUCAUCUUAAAGGAGUUUGUCUUUGGCAAGUUCUAAUGAAUCAUAAAGUAUUUGAACCAGUAGGAGUGAAGCUAUUCAAAAGUUAAAAGGAAUUGGAAUUUGAAGAUUCAAACAAUAGCCUCUAUAGGUUUCUAGGCAAUAAAUCAUCUUAUGUUUUUUGCAAAAGAAAAAAGAAUUCUGAGACUGGGUUAACUGAUGAAAUAAAAGCAAAGGAACAUUUAAGGAAAUGGAUAAAAGAUGAAAUGAUUUCAAAUCCUCUAGCCCAAGAGAUUGGUGAGGAAAGAAUUGAGGAAUUUAUUGACACAAGGAGUGGGACUCUGGCUUUACCUACGAGCAUCACAGUUGACAAACCUGUUCUCCCACUUUCAAAAGAGGAAUAUUGGAAACAACAAAUAUUGUUAUGUAUUCUUCAAUUGAUUCACCUUCCAUUCUUGGAAAGUAUUUUGGAACCUCUAGUUAAAACACAAAUUCUUCAAUGAGAGGAAGAUCUUGUUAUCGCCAACACUUGCCUAGACAGAGAGGUGAUUCCAAACACGUCUACCUGA